AUGCCGAAGCACAUUCAGGGAUCGACUGCUAGAAUAAUCAUCACCGGCAAUCAAGCUGCAAAAAUAUAUAGCGGCAAUGACGAGAAUUUCAUCCGAGAAUUCAACGUCCUGCAGCGACUAGGCAAGCAUACAAAUGUGGUAGAAAUGCUUGAUGUCCAAGACAGAACAAUUAUUCUGCAGGCGGGACGAUGUCUGCGAGAAAUGCUGCAAGAGGGCGACAUCUCACAUGAACAGCAAGAAAAAUGGGUCUGUGGACUUGCCCGUGGUUUGCAGUACGUGCAUGAUAACAAUGUCAUACACGCCGAUCUCAACGCUGCCAACGUCAUUGUCUCCGGAGAUGAUAUCGCGAUGUGGAUUGACUUCGGUGGCUCUCAACUUGAUGACCAAGAAGCAUUGGCGAACUAUGACGAGUAUAGUUAUCGACCGCCAGAGCAUCCGGAUGCUCCUGUUAACAGGGCAACUGAUAUCUUUGCUUUUGGCUGUACCGUGUUCGAAAUCGAGACAGGCGCACCGCCGUUCUACCACGAGACCAAGCACAUGUCACAGGAUGGAAGAAUAUCUUACGUGGAGGACAUGUAUCGUCAACAACUCUUUCCAUCUGUGGAGAACCUUCGCUUUCGCUCCAUAAUCAUGUGUUGCUGGCAGGGACAAUACGAGUCGAUGAGCGCUCUAAAACAAGAUUUAGAUUCCAUGGGUGUACAGCGAUCCAAGCCAUUGUCAUGGUAUGAUUUUCCAGCUAUGAGAAUGGCAAUUCGGAACGGUAUACGGCGACUUUGGCCUUGCCCAACCAUUUGA